GUGGGAAAGUGGAGUGAGAAUAGGAAUCCGUAAAGCAAAAGGUCCCGGUCCCCAAAACCCUAAUCGAGGACUCUAUCAUAUAUACGCUAUCAAUCUUAGUGGGUAGAAUAGAUAAAGCCGUUCGUCCGUGCCCACCCUUCUUUUGAUUUUAUAGAGGGAGAGAGAGAGGGAGCCUCAUAGGGAGUCUGAGGUCGCGAGCGAGCGACAACGAGAGAAGAGGAGAGCUCGAAAUCUUCGAUGGAAGCCGAGUGCGGAGUCCCGGAGGUGCCCGGCGAGGAGGUGGCCGUGAAGAGGGCGAGGGCGAGCGAAGAGAGCGUGGAGAACAACGGGAACGGGGCCGCCGCCGCGGCGGGGUCGGCGGAGGACGGGAAACCGGUGGACGGCAUCUCCACCGUCAUCCCCGGCUGGUUCUCCGAGAUCAGCCCCAUGUGGCCUGGAGAGGCUCACUCCUUAAAGGUAGAGAAGAUUUUGUUCCAAGGAAAAUCAGAAUACCAAAAUGUCAUGGUUUUUCAGUCAUCGACUUAUGGCAAAGUUCUUGUCUUGGAUGGAGUCAUUCAAGUGACCGAGAGGGAUGAGUGUGCUUACCAAGAGAUGAUUACUCACCUACCACUUUGCUCUAUUCCAAAUCCUAAAAAGGUUUUGGUUAUUGGAGGAGGUGAUGGUGGCGUUCUGCGUGAAGUUUCACGCUAUUCUUUCAUGGAGCAAAUAGACAUAUGUGAAAUUGAUAAAAUGGUCGUGGAUGUUUCUAAGCAAUUUUUCCCCCACUUGGCUGUUGGGUUUGAGGAUCCUCGUGUGAAUCUUCACAUUGGUGAUGGGGUUGCAUUCUUAAAAGGUGUUGCAGAAGGUACUUAUGAUGCAAUCAUCGUGGAUUCUUCUGACCCAAUAGGUCCUGCUCAAGAGCUAUUUGAGAAGCCUUUCUUUGAAUCUGUGGCUAGAGCUCUUCGUCCAGGUGGAGUUGUAUGCACUCAGGCAGAGAGCAUAUGGCUACAUAUGCACAUCAUUGAAGAUAUUGUUAAUAUCUGCCGUCAAAUCUUUAAGGGCUCUGUGAAUUAUGCUUGGACAACAGUGCCGACAUAUCCAAGUGGGGUGAUUGGUUUCAUGCUUUGUUCCACGGAGGGUCCACCAGUUGAUUUUCAGCAUCCUGUGUAUAAUAUAGACGAGGAUGAGAAAUCGGACAAAACGGAAAGGCCAUUGAAAUUUUACAACAAAGAGAUUCAUUCUGCCGCAUUUUGUUUGCCAUCCUUCGCAAAGAGGGUUAUUGACUCUAAAGUCAACUAAGCUUCAUCCAGAGAGAGAAUUCUGCCCAACACGAAUAGGUGCAGGAUGGGGAUAUGGCUGCAAAAUAUUAUAGCAACUCAACCUGCACAUAUAUUCUCUUCAAAUUUCACCAUUAUAUGGUUAAAAAAUAAGGACAUUUUGACUUGGUGGGUCUUCCUGCCCCCUUCAAAAGUCAAAUCUACAAUAGCAAUAUGUUUAGCAGCUUUUAUUAUGAUUCCUUCUAUGGAUGAUCUAAGAUAUUGGAUGUCCUUGUGACAUUUUUUUUUUAAUAUGCAUCCAGAAUGCAUUUCAUUGUCAUCUCUCAUUGUGUGCCGGCAUGUGGUUGGUGCUAGUAUUGUAUCUUCUAAAAAAUUGGAUUACAUCACCAUCCACCCUGAUUGGUCUAUC